AUGGAAGACGAAGCGGCAGACUCGCUCUCUUGGAACAUCGCACUUGCUCCCACUGGCGACAGUGGGAGUCAGUUUCACACUAAAAACGACCCCAACAAGCCUCUCCAACGGCAGAACUACGUUGAACGGAAGGGCGCCGUCGACGUCCGGUGCUCCUGUGCCGAUGUAGUCCACGGUUUCCUGUCACCCGACAGCGAUAUUCUUUGUACCCUGAUAGUCCUCGACUUCCGUUUCGACUCCCGCAAACGCGCCCGACGCAUCGCUUCCGUCCACAUUGACCUCCGAUUCAGUAGUUUGGAUCCCAACAGUCCCUACCAGCCCGAGGUCAGGGCCAUUUCCCCUGACGGAAACUUCACCGUUGCUCCAACAACCCAAACCGAGUCAAGCACGCUCUCGGGAAAUCUGGGUAUAAGCGCCACUCCUGGCCCUGCCCCAACCUUGAGCGCCGGUAUCAGCAUAGACAAGAGCAUCACCAGGGAUAUGACCUACGCUGCAACCGUUGUGGGCGCAAAGUCUCUCCGGGGGCGCAAUUUUGGCCAGCCAAACUCGGCUUCGUGGACACUGCUGGAGAAUCCCGCGACCGAGACCGGUGUUCCCGUCGCCAUGCGGGCCGCUGUCCUGCUUGAGAGGGAGGAUGAAGAGCUUUUCCAGUGCUCCGUCACCAUCAAGGCGCGCGCUGACUGGCGUACAACAUUGGAAUCUGUGUUCGGCUCUACACCACCUGACGAUCCGGUCCUGUUCGAUCCGACAAUCGAGUCCAAGAGAACCCACUAUGAUGAGAUGAACCUUGCGGAAGCUUUCAAGCAGCUAUCGACUGUUCCCAACGUCACUUUCAGAAAAGGGCUACCUGAACAAAGUGUCGAAGUUGACGACAGCGACGAGGAGUACGACGACGGACCGGCCCACAACCCCUUCCAUUCAUUUGCGAUCAUUCAAAAAGACCCAACAAAAGAAGCGUUUGACCAGAUUCUCGCUGAUGCUGAAUCCAAUAAGCUGAGAUUGGGCGACAAAGCGUACAGAGAAGCCUUCAAGCAGAAGUAUCAGCAGUACUUUGAAGGGCGUGUUGCACCGGAAAAUCAAACACUCCUCCACCUUGUUGCCAACAGAGUGGGCCACAGAGGCCUCACCCUGCUUCUUAUCAAGAACAGCCCACAGCUUCUCUCCGUGGCCGACGACAAUGGCAAAACACCUCUCUGGAUUGCCAUCACCAGGAAAAACGAAAAUGUCUUGCGCGCCAUCGUGGAAAAGUUCAACGGAGAUCUGGACAGCCUGCUAGCUAGAACAUGCGACCACGGCAGAAACAGCAUCCAUGCUGCCAUAAUCCACAAUCUCCCCGAACAACAUACUUUGAAUCUUAUACAGAGAGCCUCCAAGGGCACUCUUUGCGCCGGAGACUAUGAUGGCCUGACCCCCUUGCAUCUUGCCAUUCAGUACGACCGCUGUUCUGCUAGCCAGCAGCGGAUUGUUGAGGCUUUGCUGCAGAGAGCAGAUGAAUGCUUGGACCAGUUCACUACCAAUCCCUCACAACUGUCUGUCUACGAAUAUCACUAUUAUACACGGGCGGAUGCUGAACGAAAAACGGGCUUGCUGGCGGGCCAGGCUGGUGAGCCGAACGGGACCUCUCAAUCUUCAAAUCAGAACCGGGGAAAAUCUCCGUCUGGCCGAGUCGGUCAUCUUCCAGAUAACGUACCUCACCUGUACAAUGUGGAAAGUUCUCGGGGCCGCACGACAAACCAUGCCCCCGGCAAGAAGGGGGGCGAUGUUGAACCUCAGCGAGGACGAGAGGCGAUCCGUGAACAGUCCAAUGCCCCAUCAACAAGAAAUAUGGACCCACCUCCGCCGGGACCUAUCAAUGGAGUUAAACGUGAUGUGAACAGGGAAGCCAGGCACUGCGAUUUCUCCACGGGUCCAACAUCCAGGGUACGUAUAAGUGUAUCAGAGCCAUCACGACAGUACGGUGUUGUCACUGACGCUCCACCAGAUUGGAACUUGUAUUUUGAUUACUCCAAAGCAGUUUCACCAGUUACCCGCAAGAACUUUGAACAGAGCUUCGCUCAUAUGCGUUUUGACAGCGUCCUAAGAUAUGUCGCCUUCAACAAGAUCGAGCUGGACAGCCCCGGAAACAACACCAGCAAACUCCACGCCAAACGUCUUGCACAGCAGCCAAGGCCUGGCCGCGGCCGGGUGGACCUCGUCUUCUUUUUCAACUGGCUUCGGGAGAAGUCUGUCAAGCAUAUCCUCAAGGUCGUGGUCGACGAUUGGCCCGAAAGACCUCACAGUGACAAGGCCAUAGAAGACUCCCUGAAGCACUUUGAGAUUGAGAGUCUCGAGUGGCGGAAAUCGGACAUCUGUCCCGAAACACUUUUUGUCGCCUGUCAACAUGUCCGCCAUCUGCACUUGUGGUGGAGUGGAAACAGGGCUGUCCUGCGGGCAUGGAGCGAACCGGAUGGGUUGGUGAGGCUUGAGAAACUCAAGACUAUCCACUUGUUGUGGAAUUCCGCGGAAGUCCUAGAGCCAGCUGACCGCAUCCAAUCUUAUGUGGAGGACUUCAAGCGCCGGUUACGAAAAGCCGUCCGGAAUUAUGAGCUGGAGAAGCAGGGUAUCACCGCUGCUGCUCGACCGCAGAAUGACAAGGCUGUUCCCGUUCCUGGGAUUCGUCGGACUGUUACCGGAGACCGUCCCUCCAUGGAUGGGCCUGUUCGGACAAUCACUGUUGAAACCAUCGAGGAGAACUUUUCGCGGGGGGACAGUGGCUCAUCUUCCGGCACCCGCGCUAAGCCCAUGCGUGUAGCAAACCAGAGGAAUCUGUCUGCCCACAAGUGGCUCAACUGCAUGGACGCCUUUGCCGAUGGGAUCCAAGGUGUCGAGGUGCCUCCAACUCAGCACAAGCUACUGCUAAAAGACAUCACUGUUGCUCUGAUUGAUGAUGGAGUUAAUAUCGAUACUUCCUCUAUCGGGGGUAAAGUCAUUGGCGGAGCAACCUUUGACCGUGGCGAACCAGAUGAGAACGGCCCAAGCCCCUAUUUUAUCUCUGCCAGCGGCCACGGCACCGUCAUGGCGGAUAUGAUUUGCCGAGUUUGUCCAACCGCCAAACUCUACGUCUUCAAGCUGGAAACACACCUCUCCCCGGACUCCCUAGUCGAUGGGCAGACUCACAACCAGAUCGUAGCCAGAAGCGCCACCCAGGUAUGCCACCCCCCGUAUGCGCUCCCUCUUCUUUCCGCUCAAAUCCUAACCCCCGUGCAGUCUGUCGACGCCGCCGUCGCCCGCGGGGUAGAUAUAAUCUCCAUUUCCUGGACUGUGAAAAAGCCCAAAGAACGCGAGCGCGACGCCGACCUCAAAGACCUCGGAGACGCCAUCAAACGCGCUCUCGACGCCGGCAUCCUCGUCUUCUGCGCGGCAGGCGACGCAGGGAACUUCUCUGACGAGGAGUACCCUUACGAGUUUGAUCGUAGCCGCAUCAUCAGAAUUGGUGCCGCUACCGACGAUGGCAGACCCUGGGAGAGGUCGGGUGACACCCACAAUUUGAACUUUAUCUUUCCGGGGUGUUCGGUUGUUUCACGGCAUGAGACGAUUAAUAGUAGUAUACCGAGUCAUUUCCAGGAGAACACGGGGAGCUCGGUUGCUACGGCUUUGGCGGCGGGGUUGGCGGCGCUGGUGUUGCAUGUUGUUAGGUUGGCUGCGAUAUUUGGGGAGAAUGAGAGGGAGAGGGUGAAGAGUGGUGGUGGGGGUACGGCGGUGAAUGGGGUUGGGUCAGGGGCGGCAGGGCCGGUGGUGGAGGCGGGGAGAUUGGUGAGUUUGAAGGAUCAUAGGAACAUGAAGUUGGUUUUUCAGAAGAUGGGGGUGGAUAGGGAGAUUGGGAAGUUUAUUGAGGUGUGGGAGUAUUUUGAGGGGCCGACGGAGGGGUUGAGGAUGGGGGGAAAGGCGCCGGAGGUGGUGACGGGGUUGGCGGUGAGGUUUGUUUCUUCGAUGAAGCUUUGA